AUGGCAACAACAUAUGCUUCUUCUAAGCCUACCAGAUCCGAUCCCAAUACAUCUUCUCCUUCCUCCUCGUCCAACUCAUCAACCCUGUUAAAGCAACGAAAUCAGCGUAGAGAUGAUGCCCUCAGGAAGAAACUAGAUACCGAAUUGUCUAGAAGACCAGACGGCAAACACAAGCAGACAGUCACAAACACCAGUAAUGCAAUAAAGAACGAUACCACUAAACGUAGACUCGGAAAGAACACCGUAUCGUCUUUGAAGCCAAAUAUCGCCUUGACUAUACCUUACACAGCAACCGUCCUAGCUGGUGCUCAACUCAUGGCUGCAAGACGAACCGACGCCGUCCUCGUUCUUGGCGAUGAUGGUCAACUGGCCGGUAUUCUCACCGACAAGGAUGUCGCAUAUCGGGUCGUCGCUGAAGGAAUGGACUUGCGUACUUGCAUCAUCAAGGAUGUCAUGACCAAAAAUCCAACCUCAGUCACGGUCGAGUCUGGUCGAAAUGAAGCCUUGAACAUCAUGGUAGAGCGCCGAUUUAGGCACUUGCCUGUAGUCAGCUCUGUUGUCUUUCACGACGAUGAAGUAGACGAAGAGGACUCAACAGAUGCACCUGCUAUUGAAGUAGUAGGAUUGCUAGACAUUACAAAAUGUGUAUUUGAGAGACUCGACGACUUGGAAAAAAAGGUCUUGGAAGAUCAAAACAUUGUCAGUGCCGUAGAAGCUCUCAACCGUCGCGGAUCAGUGGGAUCUGAGAAUAUAGACGCCAUGAAACUCUCACUCGGUCCACCUGAUGUUGGAACCAUCUUGUCGCGCUCCGGUGCUCCACCAGAGUGUGCAUCUCGAGCAACUGUACGAGAAGCUGCCAAAGUCAUGAAGGACACUCAUCAAACAGCUGUCUUGGUACUUGAUCGAGACUCGAAUGGUGAUGACAAACUCAACGGAAUCUUCACGACCAAGGAUAUAGUUUUGAGGGUUGUAGCAGCGGGCUUGGAUCCUGCAACUACAUCUGUUGUGCGAGUCAUGACACAUAAGCCAGACACGAUUUCUCCAGAGUUUUCUAUAUUGGACGCACUCAAGAAACUCCAUGCUGGUCACUAUCUUCAUUUGCCAGUUGUAGAAAAUCAAGUCCCAGUAGGCUUGGUGGACGUCAUGCAGUUGACGUUGUCCAUGCUCAACUACAUGAUGAACAAGGACCAGGCAGCAGCUACUGAUACAGCUACCGGUCCAGUAUGGGAACGCUUCUGGAAUUCAACUUUUGCGCCCACAACAGGUGCUCCCCUUCCGUCAGAAUCGGACGCGCGCUCAGUCACGUCGGAUGGUCGUGAUCGUGAGAUAUCAAACAGUCCAAUACGAGCAAGUGGUGGUUUGGCUGGUGCCGUAGCAGAUGACACGAUGUCCACCAUGACAAACAAUAGUACUGUAUUACAGCAAACUCAACCUAUAAUACCCAGACCUACUCGUGUACCUGAACCCAACAAGUUUGCCUUCAAACUUCGAGACCCAGCAACCGGUCGAGUACACCGAUUCACCGCUAUAUAUAAAUCAUUGGACGAAUUGACCAAAACCGUCUUAAGCUCCCUCAAUCUCGUUGAUGACGCCGUCUUGUCUGAUAAAUUGUAUUUCUUGGACGAGGAUGGAGACUCGGUCCAAGUCAACAAUGAUGGGGACUUGAAUGAAGCAGUAGAAAUUGCUAAACGGGCAGGAUGGAAUAGAGUUGUCCUGUAUAUCGGUGAGCCCCAAUUGGAAACUCGCGUUGCUGAUGCCGCUGCUCAGAGUGCUUUGGCUCAAGCUUCGGCUCAGGCAUCAAUGCAAAUAGCAUCGUCACCUGAAGUGUCGGAUAAUAAGGCUGCUGCUGCUCCAGAAAUCAAAAAGGAUGAGCAAUUAGGUGGUGUACCUCCCGUUGUAUUGAAUGUAGCUUUGUCUGCUGGUGUGAUCUUGGUAGCUCUGUUUAUCUACCAUCGUUUCAUCAAAGAGUAA